AGCAGUAGUUCCUCCCAGCCCAACAGUCUCAAUAGCAAUUCCCUGGUUCGCGCCGCCAAAGUCGCCGACCAUUCGCAGUUUUCGGUUACACCCGGCUCACACCUCCCCUCUCAGAGCCAGAGCUCGCAACCAGUCCUGCCUCCCAAAUUCCCACAGACUAGCCAGGCCUUUUGCUCUGUGCCAGUUCCCUUCCCCACCACUGCCGACGGCCAGACUGCAAUCACCGCGGUUUCACUGACCCAAUCUGAUAGCAAGCAGAUGGCAGGCCGACCGAGCAUGCCCAAGCCGCUGGUAACGCCUGCGCCGCAGCCCAGCAUGGAGACAGUCCUCACCCUGUAUCCCUUCACUAGGAACCAGGUCAGCCUUUCUCCAUUCUAA